AUGAACAACCGUGGCACUCUUGCGUAUGUUCUUGUAUAUGUGGACGACAUUAUCAUCACUGGAAACAGGCAAACAGCCAUUGAUAACAUCGUCAAUCAGCUAAGCUCCACCUUUGCCAUUAAAGACCUGGGUAGACUCCAUUAUUUUUUAAGGAUUGAGGCUGUCCAUCAUAGCAAAGACCUUAUCUUAUCACAACAGAAGUAUUUAUUAAAUAUUCUUCAACGAUCCGGUCUCUCAGAUUGCAAACCAAUGUCUUCCCCUAUGUGUUCCUCCCAGGUGCUUACCAUUGAUGACAGUUUGCCACUUUCCGACCCUGUGCGGUAUUGCCAAGUUGUUGGGGCUUUACAAUAUGCCACUCUCUCUCGCCCAGAUAUUGCUUUCGCUAUGAACCGUGUAUGUCAGUUCAUGAAUGUCCCCACAGAGAACCAUUGGUCAGCUGUUAAACGCAUCCUAUGCUACUCAAAAUGGACUACAAUUUGGGUCUUCUUAUUCAUCACACAUAGGGCUCCUCCUUGCAGGCCUUUACUGAUGUCCAUUGGCAAAACCAACCCUCAACAGUCUAGGCCUUCUUUGACUCUGAUCGGGCGGGAUGCCCUGUCGAUCGUCGAUCCACCGGGGGGUUUGCCAUUUAUCUUGGAUCAAAUCUCAUCUCUUGGUCUGCUCGUAAAAAACGAAUAA